CAUCGCCUGAGGCAAUCUUAUGUCAGCCGAAGGAAGACUUCUUGUUGUAUGUACACAGACGUCGGUUGUACGUACUUAAUCAAUCUUAGGUAAGAUAAAGAUGUCACUCACGAUGAUGAAAUAGUUUUCCAGUGACGUUUGACUAUAAAAGCGACACUAUUGACCGGCUGGUUUCAUACUAACCUUUGAAUCUGAGAAACAUGCUGGAUAGCUGGAGAAAAUGCGUGCUUAUUCUUGUGGUGUUCUGUGAAACAUCAGUUUCUCAAUUUGUGAGGCCUACGAGCCAAAGCAUCUUCUACAAUGCAGAUAGAAUUCGGACAAGCAACACACGUGACUAUGUCAACCUGCACAUGCUGGAGGUGGCCGAGGUGACCGAGGCCAGUCAUGAACGAGACCUCCGGACGAGCGUGGACAGUGUGAGGUUGAGCAUGAAGGCAAUGGCAGCAAAGCAAUGCUCUUCUAGGGACAUAUACCGCACAAUGGACGCGGAGUGUAACAACCUCCGGCAUCCCAACUGGGGGACUCCGAUGAGGAAGCUGCUCCGAAUUCUCAGUCCCCAAUACGACGACGGCCUGGGCAGACCUCGCCAUUACAGAGGUAUGACGUCAGCCCUACCCAGUACCCGGGAGGUGAGCAGUGCCUGCCACCCCUCUGACAAUACGGCCACCCGGGACCUGGAGUUCAGCAACAUGGCCAUGCAGUGGGGGCAGUUCCUGGACCACGACAUCACCGGUACCCCGGAGGCCAAUAAAACGAAAGACUGCUGCGCUGACCACCAGAUGAAUGCCACCCACCCGGACUACUAUACAGGGGGCGAGUGCUAUCCAAUCCAUAUCAUGCCCAACGAUCGACAUUUUCGAUAUUCCUGUAUGGAAUUUCGAAGGUCAAUGCCCGCUGAACAGUAUGAGAGGCGAGAACAGAUGAACAUCAUUACGGCCUACAUCGAUGCUUCCCAUAUAUACGGUUCCAGCGUGAUGGAGAUGACAGAGUCCAGAACAUUCCAGGGAGGUUUACUUAAGACGGGUGAGAACGACUUGUUGUUGAGAAAUACCACCAUCAAAAGGCCGUGCUUGAAGAGUGACUCCAACUCGUGCUUCUUCUCUGGUGACGUGAGAGUUAAUGAAUUCCCUCCACUAACGAGUCUACACACUGUGUUCCAUCGAGAACACAACCGCAUUGCCCGGAGUUUUGCUGUCAUCAAUCCGCACUGGGACGAUGAAAGUCUCUUCCAAGAAACACGGAAGAUUAUUGCUGCUGCCAUGCAGGUGAUUUCCUACGAGGAGUACCUGCCGAUUGUCCUGGGACGACGAGGAAUGAGGAGAUAUGACUUGGACACUCCUUACCGAUACAAUCCAAAUGUGAAUCCGGAAAUCAUCAACAGUUUCGCGACUGCAGCGUAUCGCUUCGGACAUUCCAUGAUUGACAGAACUCAUAAAACUCUCCGGAAUCCCCGAGAAAAGAUUGAUCAGAUGUUUUUCAGGCCAAGUUUCAACCUUAACCAGAACGGCAAGGGUAUGGACUCUCUCAUCGAGGGUAUUAUCCAGAGUCCUUGUCAGAAGUCCGACAGGUUCUUCACACUAGGAGUCACAGAUCACCUCUUUCAAGAUUUCCCAACAACUGGAAUUAGCUUUGACUUGGCUGCCAGGAAUAUUCAGAGGGGACGAGAUCACGGCCUCCCCCCAUAUGUAGCUUUCCAUAACUUUGCAAGCCGCUAUUACCCGGAACUCACAAGGGGUCCCUUCCUCCGAAAUCCGGACCCAAACAGUCCAAUGUUUGUCAACAUGGGGAAGUGUCGAAACCAAAUUCUGACUACCUUACUCAUCUUGGCAACGCGAUGAAUCGCCGUCGUCCUUUCUCGCCUGUCCAGAGAGCUUCGACCUACAGACCAGUGUUCACAGCCCCGGCACGCCGUCCACUGGGCUUUGGCUAUAGGG